GGUUCGUUGCGUUGUUGCGGCGAAGAGUACCUUCGUGAUUUCGUGUGACUAUUUAGAAACACGCCGGUCGCCCGGGUUUAUGUGACAACGACGAUCAUUUAUCCAGCUUCUCAAAAAAACCGCAUCUCCGGGAAGAGAGGAAGUAUCAGUCUUUUUAAAACUCGUUCGCUUGAUGUGCGUGGGGCGCGGGGCGCGUGGUACGCUCGGCGCGACCACAAAUGAGCAGGACAGUCGCCGAAACAUCGGACAGGGAAGAUGUCAAACUCCUGCCCGUCGCGACUCGUGAAUGGUGAAAAUCUUAUUGGCGCUGCUUCGUCAGGAGUAACUGUCAACCCCAGCAUUUCCCAUAUUUCCCUCAACCCCAAUUUCCGAACCUCGGAGGCGAGCGGCGCCUGUUACACUUACCGCGAAUUGCGCUCCGGGUCAAAUUGUGUCGGAGGCGGCGUCCACACUGCCGUUGACUUCCAGGACGAUCACCGGUCGAUCAACGAAUCGAGCAACGCAAUUAUUCAUUUGCCGGGCUCUGCGGCAGCGGCCAUGGUAGCAGCGAUGAACGAGCACCUGUCGUCAUCCUCGGCGACGAACAGCGUGCGCACCACCACCUCCACGAGCACCAGCACCAACGCACACAACGACUUCCGAAACGUCUCCGAGGACAGCAAAGCCGGCAUCCUCGGAUUCCCAGAGGAUUUCGAUCACAUGUACGCAAGCAUGACCGACGGAGAAGCUCCUGUGACCGUAACCUCUGCACUAGGUGUCAGUCCCCUUCGGGGAAAUGAGGCGAAGCCAAGUGACCUCACGGAGGUCAAGCAUCUUAAGGAGUUACUCUUAUUACAUUUGGACCUCAUUCAACAACAAUCUGAGCAGAUCGUCACAAAGGAUAAACUCCUGGCUGCUCUGAGACAAGAAAAUGAAACGCUAAAGUUGCGUUUGGAGCGGAUGGACAGGAGAGUCAAUCUGCAAAAGCAUCGAGCAGAAGCUGCAGAAAACUCCAUCGUCUCCGAUCGUAUAGUAGGUCCUUGUUCUCCGCCAAGUCUGAAUUUAACAAGUCUUCCGUCAACUAGUGAGCAGCAGAAAAAUAUCCAAACCGAGAGUGUUAGUCCUCAAUACAAUGAAAGCUUUAAGAUACGCUUGAACACAAGUGGUGGAAUUCCCGUUGUCAAACAAGAAAUUAAUAACGUGCAUGAGGAAAAGCACGAUGUAAGCACUGAUUCGAGGCAAGAGUGGGAAGGAAAAAAGAAGAGGAGAUCCGAUCCCACACCUGUUGGCAUUAGUGGUAAGCGAAAAAGAGGAGCUUCCUGUUCCUCUUCUAGUCUUACCAAUGACCAAUGUCCCAUGGUACGAGACACCAAAAUUCUGAGCCAAGAUGGCUUGAAAAAGCCCGAGAAGAAGAUCAAGUCUCUCUUGAAGAAAGAUUUGUUCCUCACAACCGAAGAAAAUUAUUUCACAGCUGUAGGUGAUUCGAAUUAUUCGCUUUCAAUGGCAGUAUCUACUCCUCAGGAAGCUACCGCUUCUUUAGAAGUUCCCAACUGGAGGAUAAAGGUUUAUACGAGCUGUUACACUAUGGAAGGCACGGAAAAUUUGGAUGAUGAGAUAUUCAACAAGAGGCAUCUCAAAUUGGAGAAUGAUGAGAGGCGGAGGAAGCGAUGGGAUGUACAAAGAAUAAGAGAACAAAGGCACGUUGAAAAGCUGAAACAAAGGCAAGAGCGGCAAAAUCACCAAGCAACCUGUUACAAUACAAAUCACGUCGGUCCCUGUUCGUCUUCUACUGAAGAGGAAAUUGUAAAGUCGCUUUGGCCAGAUGUAGAACAAGUACAAAGCCUCCAGGUGGAUACACAAUUGCCAGUUACGGCAUUUGGGGCUGCCAUUCCCAGUUUUACCUUAAGUGAUUUCUCCCUCCCGUGGCUUGACUCGAUAAAGUCUAAAGCACGACGUCACCAGAGAGUGAAAAGGUCAACCGGUAGAAGAAAAUCUUGUAGAAGAUAAAGCUGAGGAAAGAUAUUGGUUUUAAUCCGUCAACUGUUUUACGAAAAAAAAUCGAAAUGAAGCGAUAGCGUGACUCGCCUGUUAAACUUUUUUAAUCCUAUAUUUCUAUUCUCAGUUUGUAGGGCACCAAAGAUAUUUUUUUAUGGACUUUUAAAAAAUACCUGGAAGCAAGGUAUGCGAACUAGUGUAUUACUCUCUUUUCUACAUUUUUGCCACCCUUACAUUCACCAUAGAAACUCUGCGACUCUGAAGCACAAGUUAGAUUUUUUGUAUGUCACCCGUUCAUCCAUUUUAUCGCAUCUUGGUGCGUUUUGUAAUUUAUUUCUUAGAUUCUUUUUUACUCAUUUUCUUUCGCGUACCUCGGCUAUUCUGUGUCUGGCAAGUUUAUUGAAUGAGAAGAUUCUCGCGAGAAAUGGGGAAGAGUAUCUAUUUUGCCUUUCUCACAGUAAUCCACGCUUUUCGUUUUUCAGGGAUAUAUUUUUCAAGAAAGCUACUUUCUUUGGGUGAUCGCUCAAAGCACAUAAUCUUGCUAGAGCGUCAGCGAGCGUUAGAUCAUGAAGUGAUUUUUCUUUCAAUUUGACUACGUUUAUAAAAAAAAAGGAAAAGACCUCGCUCCUGAAGCUCACGGUGAUAUAGAAAGUUAAAUUUAAGACGUACCCUAAGUUUGUCCCGAUUCACGGCAAUGUUAUAGUCUGGUGUAAACUUCAUAUAACCCCUUCAAUUUUUCAUUGAUACUCGACUCAUUACAUUUUGGUGAAUCCCGUUUCAUGAAAUAGCCAGUCGAUCUACGAUGUUAUUUAUUCGCCUAAUUAGUGAUAAAGAUUAAAACAAAACUACAGUAUUGAAUCACAAAAGCGGAAAAUUGGGAGUAGGGCAGUCCAACUUGACGUAAUUUUGCCAGGGAGGUUACUCUUGGUAGACAACAAACUUGACUCUGAUUUUGUCUUCCACGUGUAGAUAAUAAAUGCAGACAUACGUUUCUUUUCUGCGAAGACUAACCUUUCUGAUAAAUUGACGUUAAGUUCGAUUACUCAAUGGCUAAAAUGCGACAAGCCAUCUGGUGCCAAAAGUCCUGUGUAGAAAGAGUAGGCUGACAAAAAUAUUUUUCUAAAAAAAAAAUUAUAUUUAUUGUAAUAUAUACACGAAAUAUUAUUUGACUGACUAAAAAAUCUAAACUAAAUAUUAGGUUACAAUCCAUAUUUCAAUUCCAAUCGUCUUUUAUUCAGAUUAUUUGCAUGACCUGGCCUAAAUGUUUCGCUAUAUAUAUUAAUUUAACUUUAUUUAAUGCAUCGAUACUUGCAUGCUACAGUAAAAUAAGUUCUUGUACAAUAAAUGUGUUUUUCAUUGUAUAAGAUAGAAAUUCCCUCUGAAACACUUUUGUUUUCGAUGAAUAUUUACUUUUAUUAUUCAAUAAUUGUUUUAAACUUUACAAAAAAUUACACAAAUACUUUUAUGCACAAAUUAAAACGCAUGUUUCAAAGUCUAUCUACUCUUUCUGGUUCUGAUUUUUCGCGCCAGAUGGUAAAAUGGUCGAAUGCCAUUUCCAAUACAGUCGGACCUCGGUUCUAUGAACCUCGAUGUCUUGAACUUUCCCUCAUCUAGUGCCCCCAUCAAUAGUCGGCCUGUUUGUUUUUAAAGUUUGCGCAGAUGGUGCGCAGAAAUGAAAAAAAAACCGUAAUUACUUAUUGUUGCUAACAUGUCGAAUGCACAACUCUUAAUUGAGGUCCGACUGUAGGAGAUUGGGAGGGUUUUAAUGUCAGAUUUUUGUUACCGAUCUCCGAUGAUAAGAGGGUUUAUGUUCGUACUAAAAGUGUGGUACAUUUAUUUAUAUUUAACUAAUCAAUCAUUUUUAUCGCGGAUAUAAUCCUUGUUAGGUAAGAGAAAUCUGUAAUAAGAAUCCACUCCAGUUCUAUACUAACAAUUAAAGAAACGAGACGCGAUUUAAUGUUUUGCAGGUACAAAAUAGCAAUUCUUGCAUAGUGUCAAAUAUCGUAAUUCUAGUGUUUAGAAAAGAAAAUUGGCUAAAUGAUUCUGACAAAACUGUAAGGUGGAUCGAAAAAAUGAUCUGGAAAUCUCUGGCGUGACUGUAUAUCUAUUACGUACUAAAUUGUUUUUCGCUGUGUGAAAAUUCUACCACCUUGAGUGCUCGUGGAGAAACGAUUCUGUGAUUUUUAUUUCUUUUUUUAAAUGUACAAAGACAAUUUAGAAUUCAAAAUGCAAUAUAUAACCUUAGUGUUUAUUUGCAAUUUUAAUAGAGUUAUUUUAUAUUCUACAAAUAAAGUAAAAAGCGUACACCCUGUUUGUAUGUAGAACGUUGCUCGAAGAUUUUAAAAUAUUGUUUUCUGGGAAUGUGUGAAAUUCCGCGAAAUUCUUUUCGAGUCUUAUAAAUACUUGAAUGAUCCUAGAAGUUGAGAAUGACGCGGAUUGCGAGACAUGUAAUUUUACAAAUCAUCUCAUCAUUUCUUCGUAAACAGAUUCAGUUGAAAAUGUCUGAUACACAUCACAAUUAUAAACUUCCUCAAUACUCAGUCAGUACAUUUUUAAUUCGAAUUUCAGCGACACAGCUUUUAUGUUUUUAUAUUUUACGUUAAAAAAGUUACAUUUCUAUACCGAAACACAGGAUCAUCCUAUGAAAUGGAAAUAAUUGUAUAAAGUCUUCCUCCUCUUUUUGCCUUUGAAUGUCAAGUUGAGAACCCUAUAUUUAAAAUCCUAUUGUUAUUCGUAACGAUAUUCGACCUGAGGAAAAGAAAAAUGAUUCGUGCGAGAGCCUGAAUUAUAAACAUAAUUAAAUUGACCGUCCAAUCACAUUUUCAAAUCAUUAAGAUUGUUUAUUAAAUUAUUUGUUCUUACCUAAUGGUCUUUUUAGUCUCGAAAUUGUCUUAGUACCUGCAUUGCGUAGAAGUUAAUGAAUCAUUCCGAAUGUGUAAACAUUGUAUAAUUUUGAGGUAAGAUUAAUAUUUAUACAGUUGGUAAAAUUAUUUAACGAAAUCGAUUUUUCACCUUACUUUAAGAUCUGUCUGGUUAUCCUAUUGUGUAUAUAUCGACACGCAUACUAUAUAAAUAAAUAAAAAUGAUAUACGUUCUG